AUGAAGCCUGUAUUCGGAGUCAUGAAGCCUUUAUUCGGAGCCUGUAUUUUCAUUCAAAAGACACAGAAAGCUGGACCGCGACAGAUCAUACAAAUUGGUGAAAAAUCGAUUGAUUAUAACAGUGACUUUCGACUUUAUCUGUGCUCGAGGAAUAGUCAGAUGGAAGUGGACGAAACAGUCAAAGCAGCUGUUGCAAAGAUAUGCUUCAGUGUCACACAGACUGGUCUUGCUUCUCAAAUACUUGGCUUGGCUAUAACGAUUGAGAAGCCUGACUUGGAAACUCGCUCGAGUGAGCUGAUGCGUGAGGCAGAACAAAUGAAAAUUAAGCUUGAUGGCAUCGAGCAGUCUCUUUUAAAUCGAAAUGUGCGUGAAUUUGGGAACAUUGAUGGCCGUGAUCUAAAAGCUUUAGCUUCGUCUGAAGGAAGUUUGUUGGAUAAUGCGAGCUUGCUCGAUUCGUUGAACAAAAGCAAAGAGAAUGCUGAAACUAUCGCAGCAUCGUUAGCAGAAGCUGACAAAUUGCAAAAACAGCUGAUUAAGGAGAAAGAAGUGUAUCAGCCACUGGCGCAAACGGCAAGCACUUUGUAUUUUGCCGUUUCAGAACUGCACAAGCACAAUCCAGUGUAUAAUUUCAGCGUGAAUACAAUCAUAACUCUUUACAAACGAACAUUCAACAAAGUGACGGGAAGUGCUGAUGCAUUGAAACGGAUUGAAGAAUUGAGGAACGUUCUUCGGCGUGACGUUUAUGAGUACGUAUCGCGUGCUCUCUUCAGGAAGGAUCGCUUGAUGUUUUCUAUGCAUUUCAUCUACAGAACUCAGCCAGCCUUGUUUGCUCAAAAUGUUUGUCUUCUUUUCAUGUCAAACGAAAAGACAAAACCCUUAUGUAUUCGUUCGGUUUCUGAGCGACGAAGACGCUUGCUAAGUAAUCCGAGUGAUACCAAAUGGCAACAGCGACCACGCGUUGGCAAGUUUGUCGAUGACUUCCUCUGUCAAAAGUUGAUAGCGAGUCUAGCAGUGAGAUUUUAA